CGUGGGUGGGAGGUCAGGGAUGGCCCCGCAGGACUUUUGUGUGGGUGAGCUAGCCUGGCGCCCUCCUACCUUGGCAGUUCCUUCCUGAAGCCCUUCCUCUCACGAGCCCCACGCAAACGACAGGGCUUAUAUUCGGGCAAUUACGGGCGCUUUGGUCGCGCGGCUGCCACUGGGCAUGCCCAGUCCCGGGUCACGUGAUGUCUGUCAUGGCCGCCUCCGUGGCCCGGGGAGGCGUGAGUGCUGGGCUGCUGCUGCGGGCGGCCAGGGGAACCUGGUGGAGCCGGCCCGGAGGCAGUUGGGGGUCUGGGGAGGCGGCGGCGCCAGCGACAGCCAGAGGAUUCCGAGCGACAGGCUCGCACCCGGCGGGGGAGGAGGAAGCUGGCGGCCCCGAGCGGCCCGGGGACGUGGUGAACGUGGUGUUCGUAGACCGGUCAGGCCAACGGAUUCCGGUGAGCGGCAGAGUGGGGGACAAUGUUCUCCACUUGGCCCAGCGCCACGGAGUGGACCUGGAAGUCUAGACACACUGGCUUUCUUGCUGUUCCUCAGACAAAAAACCAAGUUCGUUCCUGCCUCGGGGCUUUUGCACUUGCUGCUCCAGACAUCUGAAGUACUUUCCCACCAGAUCUUCUGGCUCUCCAUCUCAUCCUUCAGGUCUCAAUGGGCCUGUGAAGCUUCCCUGGCGUGCUCCACCUGCCAUGUGUACGUGAGCGAGGACCACCUGGACCUCCUGCCUCCUCCUGAUGAGCGGGAGGACGACAUGCUGGACAUGGCCCCCCUUCUUCAGGAGAACUCCCGGCUGGGCUGCCAAAUCGUGCUGACUCCAGAGCUGGAAGGGGCCGAAUUCACCCUGCCGAAGAUCACCAGGAACUUCUACGUGGACGGCCAUGUCCCCAAGCCCCACUGACGUGGGCAGCCGUCGUGGCCCUCGGGGCCAGGACUGGAAGAAUAGCCAAGCUGCCCGCCCAGCCCAGAGCGUGGACAGGCCCGAGAGAGAUGUUGGGAGCAGCCAGAAGCCCAAAGCCCCUGCUUCAGAUCCCAUGUCCAGGCUCUGGGGGGAGGGGGGGGGAGGGGCACCAGCCCCUGCCCGGGAGCCUCCCCCAGACUCAGGAGAAUCAGUGUGUGGAUGGGGUGGAAUCUGACUGGAAUGACAAUAAAACUGUCUCACAGA